AUGGAUUUGUGGUCAAUGGAAUAUUUUGAACCCUUCUUGUCUAACUGCUCUGGGUCUUUGCUCGAGUCCACCUAUCGUGAGGCUAUGCAUUCCACUAUCGAAAUUUUGCAUAUCCGCUUCACUGGGUCAGAGAAGUUCCACAGGGAUAUCUCGCUCGAAAUCACAACUCGGUUACGAACAAAGGAAUCCAGAGAUAUAUGUCAAAAUUACGACAUUGAUAGUGCCAGGCAACGCCCUUUUUCUAACGGCUGGAGCGACCUCACGAGUAUCGUAAAUGAUGACCCAACCUCCCCGGGUAUCUGGGAAAUGAAUCAGUUAGAUGUUAUGGAAAACCUCCUUUCGGCCUCUUCUGAAGCGGAGGAGUUUCUGUCAUUUGCCGAAUGGGCAUUCGGGCCGACGGGUCUUCCAAAGUUGCGGGUUCUGGCAUUCGGAGAUUUUUCCCACAAGGAUCAGUUCCAAAAACAGCAGUUUUUAACUAGGCGGAGGUUCCACGAGAACGAGCAGCGAUACAAAGACUACCAGCGUCCCGCUUGUGGCCAUGAACGUAACGGAUCUGCGUGGGAAGCGAAGGUGCAAAAUAGAGAGCUCAGUGAGUGUAGAUAG